AUGGCUCUCGUACUCUUAUUCACAGCACUAUUACUUGAUGGCGCUGCUACAUCAGCUAACGGUCGAAUGGGUUUGACAUUCAGAAAAACGAUUCAUCAAGCUGAAUUUGGUAUUGAUGGCUUUGCUUGUGGUGAUGGGCCAAAUGUUUGUGAUCCCUAUACAGGUGACACAGAUUGCAGUAGAAAAUUGCCUGUUCUCUGUAAACGGAUUGAUUCAUCACCACGUCCAGCUUAUGUAAUAAUAACGCGCAAUCCAAGUUUGAACGGUGGCUGGCUAAUGGGACAUGUAGCAACCACAGUUCCCGUCCAGGGGUCACAAUUUAAAAAUUUGAGAGAUGUUGACCUGUUCUGCAAAGGGUCGUUCGGAGUUGGAUGGGUAACAGCAGCAUUUCAUGAUGGACGAUUGAUACCUGGUAUGAACAAUACACGGUAUUCAGGUAAAGAAUGGACAAAUUACGGACUUACUUCAACGUAUAAACAAGGUGCUUGGUCUUUUUGGGCUUAUGUUUCGGCAUACAAUAAUACUCGUCAUGCAACAACAAAAAUUGAACCAUUUACAGUGAUGUAUGACCGUCAUUGUCAAUUAUCAUUUGAUCUACAACAAACACCAACAAGUAUCGUUCAGCCAUGUGAAUAUGUUAAACAGCUUCAUCAAUAUAUUAGUCAAGCAAACCAAAUGGCUCAACAAAACAUUGAACAACAACAGCAGGGAGCAAAAAGUAGAUAUAAUCAAAACAAAAGAAACCCAAGUUAUGAUGUUGUCGAUUAUGUAUGCGUAGCAAGGGUUGGAAUGAGACCAAAAUUAGCAUCCAAGAAUGAUGGACCAUAUAAAAUUACUCAAAAACGUGGUCAACUAUCCUACAUUGUACAAGACUCCAGGAAUUUGUCGGAUGUCAAACAGGUCCAUGUUCAACGGCUCCGACCCUAUUGUCAACUACAAUAA